AUGACGACUUUUGUACCCUUGGCGCCCGACAGUGAGGGCACUGCCUCGGCUGCUGCUGCUGCCGACUGGCUUCUACAAAUAAUAGUAAAAGAAAAUAAAGAACGAGCGAAUGCAUAUUACAAUCAGUUCCUCGAACAAUUUGAACUCGACGCGACAACAGGAGAGCAGCAUAUACGUGAUCAUAUGCAACUCUUUGAAUUGUUUCUGUCGGAGCAUGCAUUAGUCUUCGAAUAUGCAGCAAAAGCACGACAGCAACAACAGGAGCCGCAAGGGAAGAAGAGCUACGCGGAGGUUUUGCAUGAAGUGGAAGAUUUCUUUUCGCUGCUGAUGGCGAUGGUUGUCCUCCGCAUGCAUGACCCCGAAAAAGCGGGUCAUGCUGCUGCCACUUUCUGCGCUGUUUUUCGUUCAUCUACUGAAAUGCCAGAGUUCCGCUUGCACCUACUGCAGUGUCUGUACAACGCAUUCCCUCCGUCGUUCCCCUAUCGCUUCACGAUUUUCGUGGCCGCACUGGAGUAUGCCGCAGAGACCAAACUUUUUCAUUUAAUGCUCCCCUAUGUAAAAUACAUUAGUGACUGGAUGCAAGACUGGAAUCUGACGCCUGCUGCGAAGCGGCAGAUCUUUUUGAUAUUAGCCAGUGAACUGAAGAAGCUUGGCAAAAGCGAAGAGGCCUACACGUUUUUGAAGCGCCACGUACAACUCUUUCAACACGAGAAAGAAGAAAUUCUAACGGAUGGGGCGACGGUGUCAGCAGCAGCGGAGUUGAUUGAAGACAGCAUCCGAUUGCCAGACGUGAUGGUGUUCGAUGAUUUAGUGAAUUUACACGCAGUUCAAUAUCUGGCACAUACAUCGCAUGCAGAGCUCUUUCAGUUACUGCGCUUGUUUGUCAAUAAAGGUCCAGUAGAGUUAGAAUCGUUCAAGCAACAUUACCCCCAUGUUUUCGAAAACCAUGGUCUCAAUUACGACCAGUGCCUCGCAAAAAUUCGACUACUCGCAAUCGCUUCGCUCGUAAACAGAGGGAAGAGAGAGAUGUCGUUGAAGUCUAUAGCGGACGCGUUGCGUGUAGACGAAGCAGCUGCAGAGGAAGUAGCCGUACAAGCCAUCGGCCAGGGCACAAUUGACGCAAAAAUUGACCAAAUGGCAAAAGUUGUUCAUAUUAGAUCAGCAAUGCAGCGUGAGUUUGGUAGGCCGCAGUGGGAAGAACUGUUAGAACGCCUGGAGUGUUGGCAAGACGGAGUGCGGGCUCUGUUGAGUACUAUGAAGAUUGUCAAGCAACAAGUGUCUGCAGCAGCUGCCGCUCAGGCUUCUUCUAACGCAAUGCUGCCUUCCAACGUAUCUGCUGGUGUUUCGUUUGGACCUGGCGCUUCUGGCGGUGGUACUCCAAUACCAGCUGCAGCUCCAAAACUAGCCAGCAGUAUUACUGAAAUACGAGAAGGCGGCUUUAUUGACAGCGGAGCACAAGACGGAGAAGAAAACGAGAAGAAAAAACCUACAUACGGCACAUAUCUACUCGUGAGCAGAAGUAUGAUAAAAAGCAUUUCACCGAAGCUGCAGCAGCAAACGGAAACGGAUGUUGGAGAGAAGGCGGAGAAGCUCUAUAUUCGUACUCGUAGUAAUAUAAGUGUUAGUAGUAAUACUAUCAGAAGUGUUUUUAGUAGUUGA